AUGGUUGCAGAGGAUGAUAUUACAGAUGGUGAGGUUACACAGGAAGAUUGGGAUGCCGUCUUCGCAAUCAAUCCAAUCGCCUACAUCUUCUCUCAAGCCGUGGGUAGCAAGCGCAGUCAAUCCUUUGGUCCCAAGUCUCUACCCUCACCACAAGAGCCCAAGCGACCACGCUAUGAUUCCUCCGAGCCAGAUUACAUCGCUUUGCUCUCGGAUGACAACGAUCCGGCCGUCCCCGCCGACCAUGAGGCGGUGGUGAGCCGUCUCGUGGCCGAGGGCACGCAGGCGGAGCCGGUCGAGAAGACAGUGGACCGCCUCGUGACCCUGUACAAGCAGGGCGUGCCCCUCACCAUCUCCGACAAGAAGGCGAAGUACUAUGUUGUCUGGCGUGGCAGAAAUUGCGGCAUCUUCCUGAGCUGGGAAGAUUGCACCGAUCAGGUCCAUAAAUUCACGAAGAGUGGCUACAAGAGUGAAAAAACAUUCCACGAAGCUGUGAGCCGUCUUACCGAGAAGCUUCUUGACGAACCUCUCGAGGAGCUCGUUAACCUGCUCCGUAAAGAGCUCCUUGAAAAGCCUCGCGAAGACCUCCUUGAACAGCUCCACAAGAAGCUUCUCAACAAGCCUCGCGAGGAAAUCCUUGAAUUGCUCCGUGAGAAGCUCCUUGAAAAGCUCCGCGACCAGGCCCGCGUACGGCAACAUUCUGCCGCCGCCACGGGGCCGGCCGGUCAUGGCUCACAGUCGAUCCCGCAGCCAGAGUACGUGCUGUGCAAGGAACAACAAGAAGCCAUGGACCUUGCCAUGCAGGGCCACAAUUUAUUCAUUACUGGGUCGGGCGGAUGUGGCAAAUCAGUCCUCAUAAAGGCCCUUUAUCGCAAGUUCCAGGACAUGCACAAGAAUGUCGAACUCCUUGCACCCACCGGCUUGGCUGCCAAUAACAUUGGCGGCCGUACAACAUUCUACUACGCCGGAUGGACACCCGAUGGUGCCCAAAAGUCGAUCGAGUACCUCGAAGAGAAGUCUCGAGCUAGGCGUAUCUUCAUGCGAUUUCGGUACACCGAAGUCAUCAUCAUCGAUGAGAUCAGCAUGGUUGAGAAUUUCUUCUUCGGUCGGCUCAGCCACGUCAUGAGUUUCAUCCGUCGCGACGUAGCUAGACGAGAGGGCUGGGUGCAGCCCGAAGGCGCGUUCGGGGGCGUUCAGGUCAUCGCCGUCGGUGACUUUUGUCAGCUCCCCCCGGUGCUGCCGUUCAAGAACUGUCUCGAGUGCGGUAGACCUAUGAAAGAGAAGGUGUCUGAUAUGGCCUUCGUCCCGUAUUGGUGCUCUCAUUGCCACCGCAGCUUCAAGGACUGCGACAAAUGGGCGUUCAAGUCUCCCGAGUGGAAGAAAUGCGAUUUCAAGUAUGUGCACCUGACAAAGAUUCACCGCCAGAAGGAUGAGCGGUUCAUCAGGGUCCUUCAGAAGUGCCGCUUGGGAGAGAAUCUUGACGAGAGCGACGUGAAGCUCCUUCUGAAACACGAAACCCAAGUAGAAAACGGGACUCGUUUGUUCACCCAUAACAAGCAAGUAAAAGAUCACAAUGAGAAUAAAUUCAAGGAGCUCCCCGGCGAUGAGAUGGAGUACACCAGUUAUGAUGCCUUUUACCCAAACAACAGGGGCAGUGAGAGAUACCGCGCUAAACGCGCCAACGAAGAAAUGGCGCGCUUUGCAAAAGAUCACCGGUACACGGAUCCGCUGAAACUCAAGGUUAAUAUGCCUGUCAUAUUGCUUGCAAACAUCGACCUAGACAACAAGCUCUACAAUGGGAGCCAGGGCGUCAUUUCUGGAUUCGCACCACUCCCUUCAUACAGCAUACCAGAUGAACCUGACAGAGACAACUACGAAAAUGACCCGGACGGCUACCAUGCCGCUAUGGAGAGGUACAGAGUCAUGAAUAUAUCUCUCGGUUUAAUAAAGCCGCCUAAGACGCCAGGGACGCCCGAGCCUAAGUUGCACAAGCUGCCCGACCUAUUCCCCGUGGUUCAGUUCACAAACGGAAAAAGCCGCGUCAUUGGCCCUGAUGCCUGCGUCGCUGAGGUCGCCAACGAGCUCAACGAGGGGGCUCCCUACGACUACCUGUCGCGGACGCAGAUUCCCCUUGCCCCCGGCUGGUCCAUGACCAUCCACAAGAGUCAGGGAAUGACCCUGGACCGUGUCAUCGUCAACCUAGCCAACACUUUCGAGAACGGGCAGGCUUACGUGGCGCUGAGCCGGGCGCGGUCCCUCCUGGGCCUCGGGAUCGUAUCGACCGACGAGCAUAGGCUAAGGAAAGCCAUAAAUAUUGACCCCGAGGUGAAGAAGUUUAUGGACCGACUCAACGCCCCAAAUGUCGGGUCGGUUCAAGCUGGGAAAUGA